UGAGAUGGCGUUGCCUGGUGGUAAGCUAUUUAGGGUGCAACCUGCAUAACCAUCAAACCCUGGAUGGGCACGCAGAGUGGCGAGUUCUUAAGUUUACGCAGCAAAGGAUUGGCACAUAUCGCCAAAACUACAGAAACGGUGGGUAUUGAAUCGUCGUUAAAGGUAACUGCGCAAUUGCAAAUGAUUUCUCUAUUGACAAAGAUAGGCUCUGCCCGUUGUACAUUGCCGAUGAAGAAUAUUAAGAACAUCCCACCGAAGAACAUCUCUUAUGGCACGAAGAUCCACCUUAAACCUCUCUGAUGUCAACGUUGAUGUGAGACCCUCCGACGUAGCAGCGCUCUGGAGACCUGAAUAGAAGUGUGCCGCUGUUUGAAAUGUUCGUCAACGAGCAAGUCUCCCCUCACUUUCCGCUUAUUUGCCUUCCUCGUUCGAGAUUAUUUCAGUCGUGCGAGCAGUUAUUUUCCAUGGCACUUCGAGGUUUCACAAAGGAGAGAUACUCCGUCUGAGAAGAACAAGGUUCCCCUGGUCAGUGGAUUGCGGACAUUACGGGCCCUGCCUCCCUCCCACCCCCGCUCUGCUCUGCUCUGCUCCACCCCCCGCCUCUGCCUCUGCCUCUGCCCGCCAGCCGGUGCUCCGCUCCUGGGGAAGACGCGGCUAGCCCCCAGCCCCCCCUCCAGCCCACCAGCCCCGUCCAGGAGGCCCAGAAGCUGCAGCCGCCGCCAUGUCAAUCACGUCGUCACAGCUGGCUGCGGGGCGGCCCUCGUGGCCGGGAUGCCACUGUGUGCCUUGCCAGUCGGCGGUGGAGCCUGAGGGGCAGGAGCUGGGCACCGAGAGCCGGGGGCAGGGCGGCCAGAGCGGGCAGAAGCACAAGCCGUGCCCCGACGCAGACAUGAACCUGUGCUGGAGUGAGAUCAAGCGCAAGUCCCACAACAUCAGGGCUCGGCUGGAGGCGUUCUCGGACAACAGCGGGAAGCUGCAGCUCUCCCUGCAGGAGAUCAUCGAAUGGCUCACUGCCAAAGACGAGGAGCUGUCCGAGCAGCUGCCCAUAGGGGGCGACGUGGGGGCCGUGCAGCACCAGAGGGAGUUCCACCAGGCGUUUAUGGAGGAUGUGAAGUGCCGAGGGCCAUUCAUCUACUCGGUGCUGGAGUCGGCCCAGGCCUUCCUGGCCCAGCACCCCUUCCAGGAGCCCGAGGAGUCGCUGCCUGACGGCAAAGAGUUGUCCCCGCGCCGGCGCAUGCUCAGCGUGAGUCGCACGGUGUGGAAGCAGGCGAACGUGGCGAGCGACCUGUGGGAGAAGCUGACGGCGCGCUGCGUGGACCGCCACCGGCACAUGGAGCGCACGCUGGAGCGGCUGCUGCACACGCAGGCCGCCAUGGAGGAGCUGGCCGCCGCUCUGGAGCAGGCUGAGGGCGUGCGCGACGCCUGGGAGCCCGUCGGAGACCUCUUCAUCGACUCGCUGCAGGACCACAUCGACGCCACCAAGCUGUUCAAAGAGGAGCUCUCGCAGGUGAAGGAGGGGAUGAAACAACUGAACGACCUGGCUCACCAGCUGGCCAUCUCGGACGUGCACCUGUCCAUGGAGAACGCCCGCGCCCUCGAGCACCUCAACAACCGCUGGAAGGUCCUGCAGGGCUCCAUCGAGGAGCGUCUGAAGCAGCUCCAGGAUGCGCAUCGAGACUUUGGUCCUGGAUCGCAACACUUCCUCUCCAGCUCGGUGCAGAUUCCCUGGGAGAGGGCCAUAUCCAACAAAGUGCCCUACUACAUCAACCAUCAGGCCCAGACUACCUGCUGGGAUCAUCCAAAGAUGACAGAACUGUAUGUAUGUAUGUAUUGUAUCUCUAAGUAUCUUUUUUUGUGUGUGUGCAUGUGUGUGUGUGUGUGUGUGUUAGUGGACCUGCUGACGCUGGCCAGCGUGGUGGAGGUGUUCCGUGAGCAGGAGCUGCAGGCAGGGGAGCGAGUGCUGGACGUGGUGGAGGUGAUCCACGCCCUGACUGCCCUCUACGAGCGCCUGGAGGAGGAGCGCGCCGUGCUCAUCAACAUCCCACUCUGCGUCGACAUGUGCCUCAACUGGCUGCUCAACGUCUAUGACAGCGGUCGCAAUGGAAAGAUGCGGGUGCUCUCCUUCAAGACAGGCCUGGUGAGCUUGUGCAAAGCUGACCUCCAGGAGAAAUACAAAUAUCUUUUCCGGCAGGUGUGUGGUCAGGGUGGCCUGGCGGACCAGCGGCACCUGAGUCUCUUGCUGCACGAGGCCAUCCAGAUCCCACGGCAGCUCGGCGAGGUGGCCGCCUUCGGAGGCAGCAACGUGGAGCCCAGCGUCCGCAGCUGCUUCCGUAUGGCUCCGGGGAAGCCGGCUAUCGAGGCGUCCCACUUCCUGGAGUGGAUGAGCCUGGAGCCCCAGUCUCUAGUGUGGCUGCCCGUCCUGCACCGCGUCGCCGUAGCCGAGUCGGCCAAGCACCAGGCCAAGUGCUACAUCUGCAAACAGUGCCCCAUCAAAGGCUUCAGGUACCGCAGCCUCAAGCAGUUCAACGUGGACAUCUGCCAGACGUGCUUCCUCACCGGGCGCACCACCAAAGGGAAAAAGCUGCACUACCCCAUCAUGGAGUACUACACCCCCACCACCUCGGGCGAGAGGAUGAGGGACUUUGCCAAGACGCUGAAGAACAAGUUCCGCUCGAAGCAGUACUUCAGCAAGCACCCGCAGCGCGGCUACCUGCCCGUGCAGUCCGUCCUGGAGGCCGAGAGCACCGAGACGCCCUGCUCCUCACCCAAACUACCCCAUGCAGACACACACAGCCGGAUUGAGCACUUUGCCAGCAGGUUGGCAGAGAUGGAGAAUCAGAACUGCUCCUUCUUCACUGACAGCCUCUCACCGGAUGAAAGCCUGGAUGAAGAUCAGUACCUCCUGCGUCACUCCAGCCCCGCCCUGGAGCAGGACUCCCCGCUGGGAGCGCACCUGCUGCUGGCCAACAUCGACUGCCAGGACAAGGACGAGCUGCAGCGCACACUGGCCCGCCUGGAGAACGAGAACCGCAUCCUGCAGGGGGAGUACCGCCGUCUGAAGUGGCGGCACCAGGAGGCGGUGGCGUCGCCGCAGCUGACGGACGGCGACGGGGCGCUGGGCUCGCCGACGGGCCCGCAGGAUGAGGAGCUGCUGGCCGAGGCGCGUGUCCUGCGCCAGCACAAGACCCGGCUGGAGACGCGCAUGCAGAUCCUGGAGGACCACAACAAGCAGCUGGAGUCACAGCUGCACCGGCUCCGAGAGCUGCUGCUGCAGCCCAAAGAUGACUCGGAGACGAACGGGUCGGAGCCCUCCUCCCUCUCUUCGCCGGUGUCUGGGGGCGCCCACCAGGGGGAGCUACGGAGCAGAGAGACCACAGACACGGAGGCAGCAGGUGAUGACAUUGACCAAGAGCACGACACCGUUCUACAGCUCCAGGAGGUGAUUGAGCAGCUGAGGAACGUCUUUCCCUCGGAACCAGCUCUCUUUUCAUUUUUUCUUGCUCUCUCCUCUCUCUCUCUCCUCUCUCUCUCUCUCUCUCUCUCUCUCUCCUCCAGGCGGCGGAUGGACGGAUGAGUGCCGGAGUCCGGGGGGAGGUCACCGUGGGGCCGACUGAUGGACACUGGCCUUUUCUCUCCUUCGCUCACGCCGCUCCGCAACAGAGCCAGCAGAGCGCAACGAUAACCUCCAUCCAUCCUUCCAUCACACACACUGCCCUGCUCACAGCUGUGCGCUCCCCCUCAGCACCACACACACACACACACACACACACACACACACACACACACACACCCUCAGUCGUCGUCACCCACAUACCCACAUUCGCACACACACACACACACACUCACACAACUCAAUGGUGCCAAAGGCUAACGUUUGUCCAGACACUGUGCUUAACCAGCUGUGUGGAGUGGGCUGGAGUGUGAGAGGCUCUGUAGGUUGAACCGUGACAGCACAACGACCUUCUAGCAAAAACGGACAGGCACAACCACUCUUAACAAAACAAAAGCAAAAGGUCUUCUCUUCUUUUCAUUCCCCUCAUCAUUCUACUCUUCCCCUCCCUCCCUCCUACCCACCCACAUCUCUUGCUCAUCAGAGUGCCACAAACUACAGAGUCUGGAUCACUGUGUGUCUGUGUGUGUGUGUGUGUGUUACUAACUCUCAGUCAAGCUCAGCCAUUUCUCUGAGCAUGGUUCGUGGGGUAGGUCUCAUCGGUCAGGUCAUGCGUGAGGAGGGGAGGGGCGGGGGGGGUGUUUUUCGUGCCUCUCGUGCUCGGCGCCGAACAGCUUGGAGGGAGAGGAGCAGAUUGCCAGGGAGCCAGCAGGGCACAACAGGCAUAUUUACUCUGUAGGUCUGACACGUCAGUGGUACAUUAAAGAGAGCGAGAGAAAACAGACGUGCGUGCACACACACACCCCCACACACACACACACACACAGUUUAUUUCACUUCUGCCAGAGUGCCUGGGAGCGCUGCUCAAUUUAAAUUUUUGAUUUAGAUUUAUUUAAGUGCAAACCCCAACUGAGGCUACUCCAGGAUUGGGAAUAUCACUCGUUACUCACUCACUCACUCCAUAACCAUCCAUCCUCUUUUGGUACCACAUCUCUCCGCCUCACAGCAAGUGCAUAUCAAAUGCAUUGGCACAGACACAUGCACGCACGCACACACACACACACACACACACAGAUGUACUGAAUGAACGGGUUGUGACAGCACAGGAAGCGCUGCUAUAACUGGCCCCUCUGCUCUCUGUUCAUGUGCGUUUUGUAGAGGUGGGGUCUCCCUCCAGGGGCCACAGGCGACUUUGUCUCCCUCACGGCCAAACGUCCAGGGAAAACAGCGCUGUUUAAAUGGACUUCUCUCUCAACCAGAAGAUAGACCAGGUGACGGAUAACACUGUCUCAUCCGACAGAGCACAGUGUACCAUGCCUUAAUUCUAGAAUGAUCCUAACGGACCAAACGUACACAUGUAUUGAGUGGUGGUGGUGGUGCCCGUCACCACAGGUCUGUCUGUUCUUCUGUCAGUGGUGCGCCAGUGGGAACCAUCUGCUACCACCCCCCCCCCCCCCCUCCCUUCAUCGCCAGCCACUGAGCUCUGACUCAGUCACACACGCGGUUCGGGAACAAAACCCUGUCCUGAAGCCUACCUUAGAGGAACCCAGCAAUGCUCUUCUUUUUUGUUCACUCUUGUUGCCGUUGGAGUGGAAGACAAAGUCACACAGGGGGGCUGGAGGAGAGAGAUGGGUAAUUUAAUGUUGUUCAAAGCGGAGGAAGAGGAGGAAGUAGUGAAAGAGCUCGGGAGCCGCUCUCCCUGAGCAACGUGCGCACACAUGCUCGCACAUACACACACGCACACACACACACACAUAUACACACACAUACACAGAGAGAGAGACGCAGAACACAAGGAUGGCCUUGUUAAAGAGAGAGCAGCAUAAAAGCCACAUCUGUGUGAGGAGGGAGGAUGCUGGAGAGGUGAAGAGAAUAGGAAGCAAUGCUGUGUGUGUGUGUGUGUGUGUGUGGAGAGAGUGUGAGAGAUAGAGAGAGAGAGAAAAGGAUGGAGAGGGAGAGAAAAAAACAAAGUGAGAAAACAAUACUGGCCUUCUAUGUAAAUUCACCAGCUCGAUUGCCUUUGCCAGGGUGUAGGCGUGAGAUUAACGGAUGCAAGAGAAAGGACGUUUCCUGUUUAUCUGCAUAGAGAACACUAUUAUUUUCAGUCGCACAGGAGCAGAGAUGCUAUUCUCUAAGAAAUAUUUAAAUAACACUAUGACCCCGUUGUGGAGCAAAGAUUUCAUUUUUAAUCCCGUUUGGCAUUCCAGAAUCUUCCCUCCAGCCGCAGCGCUCACAUUUUGACAUCUUGCGCAACGCGUCCGCCUGUUUGUUUUCAUGCGGUUGCUAGGGAACUGUCCCCAAGGACACGGCACCGUGCGUUGCGGACAGAAAAAAGGUGGGCUGUCAUUCAGAAUGAGAGAGACACUAAAGCAAAUAACCAGACGCAAUGAGCCCCCCCUGCAACCGCACAUUUGCCCUCUCCGCAUACCUCAGAAGCUCGAGUCGUUAUGGGCAACAUCUGUUCUGUUCCCCGGGGAGGCCCAUGUAACCUGUAACCAUUAAGAGGAAGACGAGCGUCUGAGCACCAUGUAGAAAGGGACACUUACUGUAAUUCCUUCAGCGCUCAUUGUCCUAGUCUCCACCCUAUUACGUACCACCCGUUCGUGACCACACCUUUCCACAUAGAGCCCUGCAUCAGAGCCUUGGCCUGUAAACGAUGACAAAUGACCCCACACCAUGAUCCAUUAGAGUUGGAUGGGUCGCGUGUCUCUGCACAUGUUGCAUAGCAUAUAGGGGGAGCUAUUACCUGGACUAGGUGAGCACUGUAUGUAGCCAAGCCUCAAACUGUUAGUCGUGGACCUUCCCAUAUUCCACUCUCCGUGCACUUUGUUGUGAGACCACACAAAUGGUAGCCAUUGUCUCCUGUAGCAUUGUCGAUGAGCAAAACGAGGGAACGCGCCGCAUUGCCAUAGGGGCCGUCUCCCGUCUAUAUUUAGCAGGCCGGCCCUCAGUAACGAACACACUCAUUAUUUUCCCUGUGAGCGACAGACCUACGUGGCCUGACCCCGUACACGCAGGCCCGGUUAACAAGGCUUGUUUUGGUGAAGCUAACCCAAGGGGGCAAUGUGAAUCACUUAACCCUUAUGUUGAAACCACUGACAUCACUACUGUUGAACUGUCCUCGUCUCGCUGAGGUCCCCUAUGUUCAUUAAACAUUCCACUGAACCUCCCUCCUCAUUUUGACCCCUUCACCUUCACCCCCCCCACUCAGCCUGUUUGAUAUUUAUUUAAUGAAUUUAUCCAUUUGUAA